AUGCGAUCCGGAUUAUUGGAAGCCACUCUGUUUUACCGAAUUCGCUGUCGAGUCUUUCCAUACAAAAUGGUCUUGGCAUUCCCAAUUCCGGCUGUUGCAGCAAUUGGCAUGCAGAAAGCAGAGCAUUCCACUGCAUAUUAUAAGCUCAUUCUGGUCGUUAACACUGAGUCUUGUGUUAUUUGCAUUCAUGGAAAUAAUCCUCAGAAAUCAGAACUUCUAAAAACUGACAGCUCUAAGAAUUCGCAAAAACACAUAUGGACAGAAACCAGCAAAGACCUCUCAAUCAGCCGUCUGCUUUCACAGACAUUAUCUGGCAAAGAGAAUGCUACUGCUGUGGACCUGCAUUAUGAAACUCCAGUACCUUACUCUGACCAGGACAUAUGGGAUUGGUUACGAAAUGCAUCAGAUCAGAAGGACCCCCGCCCUCGAAUUAAGAGGCGACCUAUAGUCAAAACGGGCAAGUUUAAGAAAAUGUUUGGCUGGGGGGACUUUCAUUCCAACAUUAAAACUGUCAAGCUAAAUCUACUCAUCACAGGCAAAAUAGUGGACCAUGGAAAUGGUACCUUUAGUGUCUAUUUCCGUCACAAUUCAACUGGCCAGGGGAAUGUUUCCGUCAGCCUGGUACCCCCUACAAAAAUUGUGGAAUUUGACUUGGCUCAACAGACGGUGAUUGAUGCCAAAGAUUCAAAGACAUUUAACUGCCGUAUUGAGUACGAGAAAGUGGACAAGGCGAAGAAGACUACGCUUUGCAACUAUGAUCCAUCAAAAACCUGUUAUCAGGAGCAGACGCAAAGCCAUGUGUCAUGGUUGUGCUCCAAACCCUUUAAAGUUAUAUGUAUUUAUAUUUCAUUUUACAGUACAGAUUAUAAACUAGUGCAGAAAGUGUGUCCAGAUUACAAUUACCACAGUGACACUCCAUAUUUCCCCUCUGGCUGAGGGUGACCUGAUUGGCAUCUAAGAAAACGGUUACUGUAAUUAUGGUAUUGUAAUGAAUUCUAUA